AUGCUAAAACCAGCAUUGGUGAUUGUGGAUGUUCAAUAUGACUUUCUUCCGGGUGGAGCUUUAGCUGUCAAGGACGGUGAUGAGAUCAUUCCCAAAAUUGAAAAGUUGCUCAAUCUCGAGAAGUAUCCGUGGCUGGCUGUGGUGAUCACUCAGGAUUGGCACCCAAAAGACCAUUGCCUGUUUGCCCUGAAGCACAAAGUCGAGCCUUUUACUGAUAUCGAGUUUGAGCAUCCACUUGGUGAAAAAAACUGUACGACUGGAGAAGUGAAGAAACACCUUCAGACUGUAUGGCCAGAACAUUGCAUUCAAGAUACUCGUGGUGCAGCUCACGAGUCUCGCAUCAUGGAGAAGUUCGAGAAGGUCGUUUCCAAGAUUGUGCCUACAGCAAUUGUCAAGAAAGGCUACCUUCCAGACAGAGAAUACUAUCUGUGUUUCACUGACUGCUGGAAGAUUCACCACACGGAGAUGGAGGACUUUUUGAUGGAGAACAAUGUUACAGAUGUUGUGUUCGUUGGAUUGGCCUACGACUUUUGCGUUCUACAUUCUGCUUGUGAUGCGCUGAACUCGGGGUUCAAUACCUUUGUUGUGCGAGACUGCUGCAAGAGCGUGUUUGCUGGACUGGAAGAAGACACUGAAAAAGCCUACAGGGCAUCCAAUGUAAAUAUCGUCAAUCUUCAAGAUCUAGUGCAUGCAAUUGCAAGCUAG